GCCACUCUGAUUAACAGUUACUGGAAUGCAGCCGCUCCGUUUCCUGUUAGGAGGUCCUCAUGGAUUUCACAAUCUCUGUGAACUCCUGCAUUUGCACAGUACGUUCGGUUGGCUGCGUCUGCAGGGAGGGCUGCUUCUGGGAGUAACCCAACACUCCGACAUCAUUCAGUUUGACUCAAAGCUCUAGGAUCCCUCUGAGUGAUCCGGACCUCUUUAUUUUCUUUUAAUUACAUCUAAAACAGAGUGGAUGGUUGACAGUUUAAAUAAUCACAACGUGUGGGAGCAGAUAAGGAGAAGGAGGAUGAAAAUGAUUGUGACCUGGCUUUUCUUGUUGCUUCUGUUCAGUCUGAGUGAACAAAACGGACAGCAAACAGGUGUUUCACGAUGCGGACCUCAGAACCUAACCGUCUGGGGUUUGGGUCAGACGCUCCUGGCAGAGUGGGAAGACGACGCAUCAUGCUUGGCUCUGAAUGACCCGAUCACCUACAAUAUGACAGUUCUCAUUGAAAACAAAGAAGUUUAUUCUGAUAAAGUCUCUGUGAUGCCGGACCACUUUGGAUCGACUCAUUCCUGGAACUGGACGUCUUAUUUGCCGUUGGAGUGUGCUUCUCACACCUUCAGGCUGAGAUCCCUAGUCCAAAACCAGAUGAGCCAGCUGGAACAAGAGAAGACUCUUCCUGGUCAAACCGGCUCUGGUGGGGAAAGAGUCUUCCCUCAGGAUGCGGUGUUUGAUGUUGGCAGCACCGCCACCUUCUGCUGUAUCGUCCCAGAUGGUGAAAAGUUUGAUAAGAUGUUUCUGGAUAGACCCACAGGCAGAAACAUGAGCACCACCAAGAUCAGUGAGCAGAGAUACGCCCUGACUUUGCAGCUGGAGGAAGUCCCAGCUCAGGGUCUUGAUGUCUUGUGUAUGACCAAAGAACCAUCAAAGGGACACUAUGGAUCUACUGUUUUUAUUGGCUACCCACCUGAUGUUAGAGAUCUUCGGUGUGAAACUCGGGAUCUGGAGUCAGUGGAAUGUCUCUGGAGGGAAGGAAGAGGCACAAUGGUGGGAGUAAAGAGUCCGACACAGUAUCAGCUGGAUGGAAGUAAAUGUGACUCUGAAAAUAAAGGAAGAUGCUCUAAAAAGCUAAAGGUCGAAGUUGGUGAGAAGAACUGGACUCUAACAGCUUGGAACCGCCUUGGAAAGGUGGAGAUCCAAGACACUGCAGAUCUGACCAAGAGAGUUCACAUGUUGGCUCCACAUGAGCUAACAGUUGCUGAUGUAAACGCCAGGACUGCCAAACUUAGCUGGAGGUGGACUGUGAAGCGGUACGAUAACCUGAGCCUGACGUGCCAGACCAACAUCACAGACACAGAGGGGCAUUUUCCCCAGAUUGAACACGGUGUCGGGUUGAAAGUUGCCAUUUUAACUGAUCUGAGACCAAACUGGGAAUAUCAAGUGAAGGUCCGGUGCAGAACAGCUGAACAUUUCUGGAAAUGGGGCACAUGGAGCCAAAACGUGACCCUUCGCACGUUGGGUGAUGUUCCAGAUCCUCUCAACGUGUGGAUGGAGGAGAAGGGAAACCAGACGCUGAUCGUUUGGAAGAGGCCUCUGGACCACCAGAGCCACGGAGAAAUCAUGCGAUACGAGGUGACCUGGGCCAGAACCAGCGACUCAAACCAACUGAAGAAAACCGACGUGCCUCCCAGCGCCCACAGUCACACUCUCUGUUUGGACACCGGUGGACAAUACGUCAUCAAGGUUACAGCGAAGAACAAAAAUGGCAGCUCAUCGCCAUCGGCCAUCACCCUCCCUGUCAUCAGUCCAGACAAAACCAGCAUGAAAGUUUCCCGGCUCAUUGGAAGCGAAGGAGGCUUCAACCUGUCCUGGUCUGGCCGUCCAGAGGCGAGCUGUGGCUACAUUGUGGACUGGGUUCCUGCAAACAGGACUGAGCCUGUGGACUGGAGAAAACUGCCUCCCAAUCAGACCAGCGUCAGGAUAGAAUCAAAGAACUUCAAAGAUGGGCUGAGAUACCAGUUAUCAAUCUACGCCUGCACCCAGACAUCUGCGCUGCUUCUGGAGAGGAUGGAGGGCUACGUCACGGAGACACGAAUAAAAGACAACCUGUUCACCUCGCUGAAGUACAAACAGCAGGGCUCCCAUGGGGAGAUAUCCUGGGAUCCGGUUUCUCUGAGAGAGCAGUCCGCUUUUAUCCAUGGAUACGUGCUGUACUGGUGGGAAACAAGCGGGCAAAACUUCAGCGUGACCACAGACAAUCCGGAGGACACCAGCCUGACAGCCAAGAACCUGCAGACCGGCUCCUACACCUUCAAAGUGGCGGCCCGGACGGAUGUCGGAGAAUGUGGCGACACAACUCUCACAGCCACCAUAAAUUUCCAGAGCGACAGCUUCCUCUUCAUCAUUUCUCUGUGCGCGGUGUCUGCCCUCCUCUUGAUCAUCACGGUCCUCUGUUACCACCACUGGACAUGCAUCAAGCAGGAACUUUACCCUGAGAUCCCCAAACCAGAAAUGCCUGACUGGUUCGCCUCACCCGUUAAAAGAGUUCCUCCUUAUCUGCAAACGGACCUCAGCCACAACGCGGAGGAGCACACAGACAUCCCACAGCUGCAUUAUAAAAGCGGAGAACCACUGAACAACAACACCCAGGACAGCACGGCUCUCAUUUCUCCACAGACUCCCCACAGCUACCAGAACCAGCCAGCUGAGAAAUACUGGGCCUCGCCGGCUCUGAACUCGUCCGGUCCAAACGUCUCGUCUCGGUCGGUGUUUACCAACCCGACGUACAACCCGAUGAUGACAGGGGAGGACUGCACCCCCAGCUCCGACCCGAAGCUUCAGAUGAGGAACGGAUACCAGCCUCAGAGUCUGGACGAGUUCUUCCAUCUGAGCCAAAUGGACCAGGAUCCUGUCUCCUGUGUUUCAGGGUACAUCAUGCCACAGCAGCCGUCUUAGUUAUAAUACGAGGCAUAAAGAAUAACCCGUAAGGACAUGUAGUCCUCUCUGCACCUUCUCCACCGCCUCCAUCUGGUGGAACAUGUCCUGAAACCACCAAAGGGAGUCAUGGUGGUCAGAGGAAGCUUCUCAGAUGACUCCUUUAGAUGUGGAGCCACUGGAUUGAGGAGCUCUUCUCCUUCUCUUUGUGCCAGAGCCUGGCCACCCUGCAGAGGAAGCACAUUUCAUUCACCCUUUUUUGGAUCUUGAGGUUGAGGUUGGUUUCACCACUUCCGACUUCUACAGAUGUGGACGUUUCUCCAGGAAUUUCCCCUUUGGAGUGAAAUCGUUCAUCUGUAGUAAUUAUUAAUGGUUCUAUGACAUAAAACAGCUCUUUUAAAACUCUUCUGAGCUGGUUUUCAAAGCCAGGAUGAUGGAAGCUGGAGGUUUUGGGAGGUUUUAGAAAUCCUACGAUGAACACUGAACGUGCUGCGUGAGUCUUUACUGUUUAUUCAUACUUUAAAAUCCACAUAGAUUAAAAGAUGAUAAACAAUAAUAUAAAUCUUUGUGGUUUAAAGAGACCUGUGAUUAAAAUCCAGGUGGCCUUCACUGCUGGGGUCGUGAAUAACCAGCUGGUUUGGUGAUUUCUGCAGAGUGAACGGUAGGGGGCGCCAGAGGUGCGUCAACAAGUCAGAAGGUUGGGGCAGCAAAGUUUAAUUUUCUUUUCUGUUUUUAUGGUUUAUGUCUAUCAACGAAACUCUGAAGCAGCUUUAAGGUUUUUGUUGUUGUUGUUGUUUAUUUUUUUUAAGAAAAUGUUCAAUAAAUGGAUGAAUCAGAUUAAUUGCUACUCUGGUUUUUCAGAAAUAUUUCUGGGUGCUGCGCUGUUUCUUUGUUCUUCUGCUGUUACUGAACUACAGUUUAACCUUUACUGACUGUUUGAAUUCCUGCUAAAUUAUCCUUUAUGGUAUCGAGAUGUUCUCCAGACCUCCUCACACUUCAGUCCAGUUCCUCGUAUUUCCAGAGGAACGUGUUUGUUAAUUCUGACCAGCGACUCUCCUAUACAGACAGAAGCAGAGCUGAACGUUUACCAUGAUGGUAAAAACCAAAGAGAACCGUUCUCUCUUCUCACUUCUGGAACAAUGUCCCACAGAUGAGCCAAAAUCUUAAAGGACCAGCACCAAACCCAGCAGCAUAAACGUCUCAACCCAACAGUGAAGCAUGGUGGUGGAGGGAUGAUGAUGCGGGGAUUCUGGCUUUCAGCUUCGUUCCUGCUUAAUAACUAAUGUGUUAUAUGUAUUAUAUGUAUAUAUGUGUGUGUUGAAUAUAUUUGUGUGUUUUUGUCCACUUGAGGUUAGAUUUGAAUAACUUUGAAUAACAACAAUGUAAUUGUUGAUGCAAUCUAUUUUUAUUGGAAUCUAAUGUAAAUAAAAUGUUUUGCAAA